AUGCCGCUGGUGAUUAGUGGCGAUCCGAAGGGUAAAUCCAUCGUUUACUGCUCUGGAAACAGCGUCAUUAUACGUGACGUGCAGAAUCCAACUGUUUGUGAUGUGUACACGGAGCAUCCUACGCUGACAACUGUUGCUAAGUAUGCGCCAAGUGGAUUCUACGCUGCUUCUGGGGAUAAGUCGGGUAAAAUUCGAAUAUGGGACACAACUCAAAAGGAACAUCUUCUCAAAAGUGAAUAUCAAUUCCUCAGUGGCCCGAUUCGUGACAUUACUUGGUCACCUGACAGUCAGAGGUUAGCUGUUGUGGGUGAAGGCAGAGACAGGUUUGGUCACGUGUUCCUUUUUGAUACCGGCACCAGCAACGGCAAUCUUUCAGGACAGACGAAAUCUAUUAAUUCGGCAGAUUUUCGACCUGUCCGCCCUCUGCGUAUUGUUACAGCAUCUGAAGACAAUUCAGUAGCCAUUUUUGAAGGCCCACCGUUCAAGUUCAAAACCUAUUUCCACAAUCAUACCAGGUUUGCCCAGUGUGUGCGUUAUGCUCCUAGUGGGAAAUUCUUUGCCAGUUGCGGUGCAGACGGUAAACUUUGCUGGAGCCCGGAUGAAAAACAAAUCUUGACUGCCUCUGCGGAUAGAACGUGCAAAAUAUGGGAUGUUGAGAGUGGUGCCUUAUCUGUGGUUUUUCCAUUCGGUAAAAGUAUUGAAAAUCAGCAGUUGGGGUGUCUGUGGCAAGGACCACAUCUUAUUUCCGUGUCGCUCUCUGGGUUCUUAAAUUACCUUGAUCCCACGAACCCUGAAAAGCCGCGCAUGGUUGUCAAAGGCCAUAACAAACCAAUCACUGCUCUUUCGGUUGAUCCCGAACAUUCGCUGGCAUUCACAGCGGAUAUGGAUGGCUAUAUAAUGCGUUGGGGUACGUCGUCUGGUAUGUGCCAGCAGGCAGAGCCAAAGUUCCACCUAUCUCAGGUUCAGUCAAUGUGCCUUGCGGCCGGUGUUCUAUUGUCGGUUUCAAUGGACGACACGGUCGCCUUUAUAAAGGGAGCGUGUGGAGAAGAUUCUUCCUCAGAUACUUGGUCAGUAUCUCCUCGACAGAUUUCGCUGUCGUCGCAGCCCCGCGGAGUAGCAUCUAAAGCUGAUAUGUCACUCAGUGUGGUUGUUUGUGCGAAGGAGAUUGUAGUGUUUCGCAGUGAAACUGAACUGCUGAGUAGCCCUCUGGAUUACGAGGCUACUUGCGUAGCUGUGCAUCCUACGGAGGACUGUAUCAUCGUUGGUGGAGAGGAUAGCAAACUACAUGUGUAUACGCUGGCGGGAAGUUCUUUGAGCGUCUCUCAUGAAAUGACCCAUCACGGAACAGUCACUGAUGUGACCUUCAGCUCAAACGGCUGCUUCUUCGCUGCAACCGACGCCUCCCGUCGUGUGGUCCCAUAUAUUUAUCCGUCGUGUGAAAAUGCGGUGAAAAACGACUGGACUUUCCACACCGCUAGAGUAAACUGUGUCGCCUUUUCGCCUGAUAAUCGGCAUCUCGCAUCCGGUAGCCUAGAUACGAGUGUUAUCGUGUGGGAUAUCGAAAAUCCAAAGGAACAUCCAAUUAUUAUUCAAGCUGCUCACACGAUGAGUCAAGUAACGGGAAUCGCGUGGUUGGACCCAUCGACGGUGCUUUCUGUUGGCCAGGAUGGUAACAUCAAGCAGUGGAAUAUUCUCUGA